CCGGGGACUACAGCAGAGACAGCCGCAAAACUGCAGGCUUCACCACCACCAGCAGCUGCAUUUACAUCACCACGAAUAUCAACGAUAAGUGUACAUCUGCUACCACGAAUCCUGCUCCGAUCACAUCUACUGCAGUCAGCUCAACUACCACUACCAGCCGUUCUACAGGUUUUAACACCUACAGUCCCAGAGAGGUUGUGGGUCCCCAGACAGAGGAGGUUUAGUCGGUCAGUCAGGGGGGGUGUCUCCCACUCUCAUUCCCUCUCCUUGCACCCAGCUCAGCAUGCCCCAGCCCCUGAGCACCUCCACAGCUCUGCCAGCUCCACUACCAUGUGUAGAUGGACAGUGACACAAGGUGCACCGGUCGCCUGGUUCUCCUCCUGCCCCUGCCGCAAACCUCCUUCACUCCUUCUCUCCCUUACCUUCCUCCUCCUGCUGCUCCUGCUCGGGCCGUCCUCGUCCUCGCCCCUCUCCGCUUUGUCGUCGGACUCUGACAAGAACCACAAUGCACAAGGAGGGACCCCUCCUCACUUCUUCAUCUCACGCCCCCCACCAUCUCACUCCUCGCCCGCACCGCUGCACGCAUCCUCUGCGAGGUUGCCACGGGCGACCAAUGUGUCAUCAUCCUCCGCGAUGGUCGUCGGUCGUCACGUGCGGAGCAGCUACAACCACCUACAAGGAGACGUGCGCCAGAGGAAACUGUUCUCCUACCAGAAAUUCUUCCUUCGCAUUGACAAGAAAGGAAAAGUUAAUGGCACCAAAAGUGAGGACGAUCCAUACAGUAUUCUGGAGAUCAAGUCAGUGGAUGUGGGAGUUGUGGCCAUCAGGGGCGUCAGCAGUAACUACUACCUGGCAAUCAGCAAGAAGGGAGAUCUAUACGGAGCGAGGGACUACGGUCUGGACUGUCGUCUGAUCGAACGCAUCGAGGAGAACAAGUACAACACCUACGCUUCAGCGGAGUGGCGCAACAGGAAGAAGCACAUGUUUGUGGGACUCAAUGCCAACGGCAAGCCAAUGAAGGGGAAGAAAACGCGGAGGAAAAACACAGCUACUCAUUUCCUGCCCAUCGUGGUACAACCGCGAUGACUGGACAUAUCAGCCAUGGGAGAUCAGACAUUAUUGAAGUGACAGUGAUGGCUACAUUGGACAGAUCUCAAUCAGAUCUGAAUGAUGCACUGAGGAGGAAAAGAA